AUGAACAUUCUCAAAAUAGUAGAAGAGGCCAGUGGUCUUAAGAACAUUCUCGAGCCAUCAGAAGAGGUCAGUGGUCUUACGAAUUUUCUCACACCAGUAGAAGAGGUCAGUGGUCUUAUGAGCUUUCUCACGCCAGUAGAAGAGGUCAGUGGUCUUAUGAACAGUCUCACACCAGUAGAAGAGGUCAGUGGUUUUAUGAACAUUCUUGCACCAGCAGAAGAGGUCUCUGGUCUAAUGAACACUCUCACACCAGUAAAAGAAGUCUGUGGUCUUAUGAAAAUUCUCACACCAGCAGAAGAGGUCAGGGGCCUUAUGAACAUUCUCACACCAGUAGAAGAGGUCAGUGAUCUUAUGAACAUUCGCACACCAGUAGAAGAGGUCAGUGGUCUUAUGAACAUUCUCACACCAGCAGAAGAGGUCAGUAGUCUUAUGAACAACCUCACACCAGUCAGUGGUCUUAUGAACAUUCUCACACCAGUAGAAGAGGUCAGUGGUCUUAUCAACAUUCUCACACCAGUAGAAGAGUAUGUCAGUGGUCUUAUGAACAUUCUCACACCAGUAGAAGAGGUCAGUGGUCAUAUGAACAUUCGCACACCAGUAGAAGAGGUCAGUGGUCUUAUGAACAUUCUCAGACCAGUAGAAGAGGUCAGUGGUCUUAUGAACAUUCUCACACCAUUAGAAGAGGUCAGUGGUCAUAUGAACAUUCGCACACCAGUAGAAGAGGUCAGUGGUCUUAUGAACAUUCUCACACCAGUAGAAGAGGUCAGUGGUCUUAUCAACAUUCUCACACCAGUAGAAGAGUAUGUCAGUGGUCUUAUGAACAUUCUCACACCAGUAGAAGAGGUCAGUGGUCAUAUGAACAUUCGCACACCAGUAGAAGAGGUCAGUGGUCUUAUGAACAUUCUCAGACCAGUAGAAGAGGUCAGUGGUCUUAUGAACAUUCUCACACCAUUAGAAGAGGUCAGUGGUCAUAUGAACAUUCGCACACCAGUAGAAGAGGUCAGUGGUCUUAUGAACAUUCUCACACCAGUAGAAGAGGUCAGUGGUCUUAUCAACAUUCUCACACCAGUAGAAGAGUAUGUCAGUGGUCUUAUGAACAUUCUCACACCAGUAGAAGAGGUCAGUGGUCAUAUGAACAUUCGCACACUAGUAGAAGAGGUCAGUGGUCUUAUGAACAUUCUCAGACCAGUAGAAGAGAAUGCUGUAGCUCUAAAAUAA